AUGUCCGGAGUCAUGACAGGCCUAGGGGAUUCCACGUAUGGAAAACGAAAACUUCAGAUCAAGAAAGAAGAUUUGUACAUGUUGACGGCCUUGUGGAUGGAACAAUCUCCAUGGGCCAUGACGACAACGGACUCGGAUAAAGAAAGAAUUGUGGGCGCAGUGUUCGUUCAACCAAACGAUCGAGUUCUCUCUGUUGAUUGUAGCAGAGAAAAUGAUGGUGGUAUUGUACAUGGUGCGAUCAGAGCGCUAAUCAAGUACCCAGAUCAAGUCGAAGGUUGCUACGUUUAUUUGUCAAGACARCCGUGCGCUCACUGCGUAAAGAUGCUUGUUCAAGCAGCCGUCAAGAAAGUGUUCUACCUGCCUUUGAAGCCUGAGAAAGAUGAGCAAGAAGAAAACAGGAGUGUUGAUGCAUUAUUUAAAGUAAGCCCAGUAAGCAGAGAAGUCUAUGUCCCAAACAUCACCAAGGGUGAUUUAGACGAACUCGCAUCAGCAAAUAAAAAGAAUCUAUAUGGUAAACGCAAAUUAGAAAAAGACGAAAGCGUCGCAUUAAAGGUUGAAUGGGAGGAAUGGAAGGAUAACGAUAUCGUAGCUAAGAUUGGUUGGGAUGAAUACUCCGAUACAGAAAUCAAAAAUCAGGUAGACGAAGAUAUGAAAUUGUUUUUCAAAUGGUAUGUUCAGGGAAUCUUGGAAACAGGAGACAAAGAAGAGAUGGCUUGGGAAAAAGUUGAAGACAACUCGAGCGCUGGAGAUAAAGAGGAAGUAGAAACCCCAGACGAGGACGAAGAUGAGUUUGAUCGCGAAGUUGCCAACCAUUUGUCACGCCUUGCUCAAAUGCUGUCCAACCGAACAGACGACCCUAAUACUGGAGUAGGUUGUGUCAUCACCAUUGACAAAGAGAUUGUUGCUAUCGGCUGGAAUGGCUACCCUUCUAAAGCACUGUACGGUAACCAUCCACGAGGUUCCAAAGAAGAUAAAGCGAAAAAGAAGUACCCACAUAUCAUCUACGCACUCGAAAACGCUUUGCUUUUCAGGAAUCGUAGAGAGCUCGAUGGAUGUGUUGUAUAUCACACCAUUGUACCAUCAGACGAAGGUAUCUCCAUGCUGUACCAAGUAGGCGCCAAAGUACUUGUCCUGCCGUCAUUUCUCCAAGAGGAUGAACUAAAAAAGGAAAAGCCCCUAUUUUAUAACUGCUUGCCGGAAAAGAAGUUGGAUGUGUACCGUCAUAUAAAAGGCUAG